CCCCUGCAGCAUCCCUGGGUCUGUCAUGGAGACGGGUGAGCACAGGUUUGGGGUCAGCAUCCCUGGAGGUGGCUGAGCUCAGGGGGCUCAGGACAGCGGAGAAUAGUGGCUCGGGGUCCCCCAAGGGGGUUUGGGUGCUGGGGGGCGGUCCGAGGGACACGUGCUGGCAAAGGGAUGGGGGUGCGGGUGCGUCGUGUAGGUCCUGGAGCGAGGAUGACAGAGCUGGGGGCGGUGAGAAGGGGGCGGGGGGGCACGGGUGCCAGGAGGGGACGCGCAGCUACCUACCGGGACGCAGCCGGUCCCGAAGUGCCGCCGGUCCGCCCGCGGCUCCCGGUCCCUCCGCGUGUCCCCGGGUCCGCCCCGGGGGCGGGGGCAGCUCAGAGCCCUCCCGUCCCCGAUAAAACCCGGGGAGGCGGCGCCGGGAGGAGCAGAGCCCGGCGGCACCGGCACCGGGGAUGCUGAGUGCCACCAGCCGGUCCCCGCGGCCGGGCCGCCCUCCCUCGCCAUGCAGAGCCCCGCGGGCGGUUACUCGGUGCAGGCCACCGCCGCCAUCGCCGCCGCCAUCACCUUCCUGGUGCUCUUCACCAUCGCGGGCAACACGCUGGUGAUCCUGGCCGUGCUGACCAGCCGCUCGCUGCGGGCGCCCCAGAACCUCUUCCUGGUGUCGCUGGCGGCCGCCGACAUCCUGGUGGCCGUCCUCAUCAUCCCCUUCUCGUUGGCCAACGAGCUGCUGGGCUACUGGUACUUCCAGAAGGCGUGGUGCGAGAUCUACCUGGCGCUGGACGUGCUCUUCUGCACCUCCUCCAUCGUCCACCUCUGCGCCAUCAGCCUGGACCGCUACUGGUCCGUCAGCCGCGCCGUGGAGUACAACGCCAAGCGCACGCCGCGCCGCGUCAAGUGCAGCAUCGGCAUCGUCUGGAGCAUCGCCGCCGCCAUCUCGCUGCCGCCGCUGGUCUACAAGGGUGAGAAGAAGGCGGCGCCGGGCGGGCGGCCGCAGUGCAAGCUGAACGAGGAGGCCUGGUACAUCCUCUCCUCCAGCGUCGGCUCCUUCUUCGCGCCGUGCCUCAUCAUGAUCCUCGUCUACCUGCGCAUCUACCUGAUCGCCCGGCGCCGGCACCGCCGCCAGCCCCCCGCUGCCCCCAGCCCCCCGACCCCCAGCGCCGCACGUGCUGCCCCCGGGGACGCCCCGGGCCCCCGUCCCCUCCCCGCGGACAGGACCUCGCUGCUGGGCUCCGACGAGCCGGCGGCCGCCCCAGGAGGGUCCCCACGGCCAUCGGGGCGGCCCCGGGACACGGUGGCCACGGGGACGGGGCGCGUGGUGCUGGCGCCGGCGCUGAGCCCCGCACCGUGGCGGAGGAAGGCGCAGGCGAACCGGGAGAAGCGCUUCACCUUCGUGUUGGCCGUGGUCAUCGGCGUCUUCGUGCUCUGCUGGUUCCCCUUCUUCUUCCUCUACAGCCUGGGCGCCGUCUGCCCGCGGCGCUGCAAGGUGCCCGACGGCGUCUUCCAGUUCUUCUUCUGGAUCGGGUACUGCAACAGCUCGCUCAACCCCGUCAUCUACACCGCCUUCAACCGCGACUUCCGCAGGGCCUUCCGCCGCAUCCUCUGCCGCCGCGGCGCCCGCACGGCGUGGUGAGGGGCUCGGCUCCCCCGCUGGCUCUGCGGCCCCUCCCUGUGCUGCCCGCUGCUCCUUUCCCCUUUUCCUCCCCGUUUCUCCCUUUUUUCUCCUCCCCCGUUUCUCUGCCGCCCUGCAGGUUUGGGGCACACGCAGCCCCACGUGUCCCCGUCCCAUGAGCAGCGAUGCGCGGGGACUGCAUUUGGGGGGCAACGUUCCUCCCCACCCCACGCGCGGUGCCCCCCAAGAAAUCAGGGGCGAUUUCCCCAUUCUCCCCACCUUCCCCACGUCCCGGGUGUCCUGGCGGCCGCCGCCUUUUAACAAUAAAAGGUAUUUUGUAGUCAGAG